GCUGCCGCGGGGCUCGACACCCCAGCUUCUCCCGCCUGAAUCUCGGGGAUGGGGUUAUUCCCCUUCCCACCUCCUUCUUUUAUCCUGCGUGCAUUAAGCAGUGAUUUUACAGGGCUAAUUUUAAAACCCGGGUGUCCUCAGCUCAGCUGAUCAGAUGUCAGGUCAUCCUUUCAUAAAAGGGCUGAGCUUUAAAAAUAAAACUCCUAAGGCAGCUGAAACAGAACUCUCCGCCCCAAAGGCGGAUUUCAGUUCUGGAAACCCUGCCAACCCUGGCAAACAUACCAUUCUUAAACCCUGCCAAACAUACCCUUCUUUUAAACCCUGCUAAAGGGACCGUUCUUGCCCUGGUGUGCUGGAAGCCAAAAUCCCCUCCAACACAGUCAGCAAAAGCUCCAAACCUGCCUGAAUCAGGCUCUAUUUAAGGAAAAGUGUGAUGCUGAAGGGCAGCUGGGGUCUUGUAAGCAAGUGGCUUUGCUCCAAUUCUCCCCGAGUCCUGGCAGAGCCUGGCAGGGGUUUGGGAUGCCACUCUCCCCACCUGGCUUUGGGGGAGGGAGGAGGGUGGGAGAUUAAUUUAAAAAAAAAAAAAAAAACCAAAAAAAAAACCAGGAACAGCGAGAAGGGGGUUCUGAAGGCAACAGUGCUGCUCGGAAUGAUGCAACACGCUUCCCAUUUGCAGGCGGUUCUAGAUAAUUGAUGUGGUUAUAGCCCACACCUGCAGCUGGCCAGAGACAAUAGUUCGUUCUACAUCAAAUCUGACGGUAGCCACUGUUGCAAAAUACAUGGGGACAAUUAAAUACUUCUAUUACAUUAAAUUAAAUAUAUUCUGUUACAGAAUAUAUGGGGACAAUGGCCAUAAAGGUUGGUCGAGCAAGACUGAGAACUGUCGCUGAGAUGACUCUGAUUAGUGAUAAAAAUUUUAGGAGAUCAAACCCUGCUCCUCCUAACUGGUUAAUAGGUAAAUCAUAAAAUCGUAACACGAAUGCCAGGGGUUGGGUGUGUCAAGGGUGAAUUAUUUGAUAAUCUGACAAAGCAACUAAUCAAAUAAUUAAUUUGGCAGGGUAACUAAGUUUUUAAGUGUCCUGAGAGAGAACUACCUUCAUUACAAUACUAAAAACCAAUCCCCCCAGGGCAGAAUGACCCCUGCCCGGGUUGAAGACCCUUUCCCUGAGCAUACGUAGUGAUAAAAGCAUUCUGUGGUUUGUUUUGUAAUGUAUUUUAAUCACUAACCGAUCGGUGUCUAAUAAGUGUGUUUGGAAAAGUAUUUACCUCUGAUUUUUGCCUAUAAAGAGAAGUACCUAAACCUGCUGGUAGGUGGAAAAGCCCACGGAGCGCUCAGGCCUGAAUAAAACACAAAUUUUCUCCUGAGGAUGUUAAGAUUGCCUUAUUGCACACCAGUGGCUGCAGGAGCAUCCUGCCAACGCCCCGGGACGGAGAAGGACCCGGCUGCCGUGCUGGGGUUUUGGGGUGUCCCUCACCCCUCUCCCCUUCUUGCUGGUGGAGUUGGGGGGCGCGUGAGUUGUCCCCAGAAGCUGCUGCUGUCCCCUCCGUGACACCAAGGAUGGCCGAAGCUCUUCGUGAUGCAGGCGAGGACUCGACCGCUGCAGUGAUGCCGUCGCAUCAGAGAGCAGAGGAAGGGACCAGUUUUAGCCUCAAGUGCAUUAAAGAUCAAAAGGUCCCCAUCGGGGUCACCGUGGUCGUGGCGGCGUUGCUCCUCACCAUCGUCGCGCUGGCGGCGAAAAAAUGCCCGUCCUGUCCAUCCUGCCCCUCUCCCGUCCUCCCCAGCUGCCUGGAAAACGGGAUCGGGUACAGGGAGAAGUGCUUUUACUUCGUGGAGGACGAAGCGGACUGGAACCGGAGUCAGACCUCUUGCCUUUCUCUCGGAGCCCACUUGGCCACCAUCGACAGCCGGGAGGAGCUGAGUUUCCUCUCACGCUACGGGAAUUCCUCGCGUUACUGGGUCGGUCUCCGAAGGGAAGGCUUUGGACCUUGGAAAUGGUUCAACGGGUCUCUCUUCAACAACCUGUUCGAUGUCCGGGGCAGUGGACAAUGUGCUUAUAUCAACGGCGACGGGAUCGACAGCGACCAGUGCUCCCAGAUGAAAUACUCUGUCUGCAGCCACCAGCAAAAACGUCCCAGCGCGCUUCGGAAGGAUUCAGAAAUCCUUCUGAAUGUCACUUGAAAUUUCCCCCUCAGCAGAGGAGGUUGACCACAAGCUGCUGUUAACCCUACGCACCAUGGUAGUGAGUGUCCCGAUGAUAUAUAUUUAUUUCAAGUUGAGCUUACAAAAGUAGAAACUCCCCAUGAUGAUGACAGAGCCGUGACUAAAGGAUCCUCACUUCAGUCCUUCCCAGCUUUUGCAGUUGCAGGGAAACUUGGGAAUAUUCAAGAAGCUUGGAAAACUCCCCGCUUUGCCGGCAGCUGCUGCGCUGCAAAGCUCGAUCCUGCUGGUUUUGGCGUCUUUGAUCGAUUUGGAGGAGCUGGAGGUGAGAGGCAGAAAUGCAAAGUGGAGAAAUAAAUCCAAAUUGCUUGGGAGAAGACCCCAAUUUCAGCGAAAAGCCACCAAACCGCUGCUCUGGGCUGUGCCUUUGUCAUCUCUGUGAGUUGCCUGGCACAGAGUCUGCCCUGGUUUUUUUGUUGGUGUUUUUUUUUUUUUGUUUUGUUUUUUUUUUUUUUCCUUGUGGUAUUUUGGCCGGCUUAAAUCCCAAUGGCCUCAUUCUGACCAGUCCAGCACCACGGAACGCUGCGGAUGUGGGAGCGUAGCUGAUCCCUCCAAAUCAUGGUACGAAGCAUCCGCCUUCGUGGGACCCAGCACCAGCGACUUGGAGAUCACCGUGAUGCCCACCAGCCUGCCGGCGUGUUCCCAGGAACCAUAUUUAUCUCAUUAAGGGGUUUUUUCCCCCCAGAACUUGAACCGGGUCAGCGGUCGUCAGCUCAGCUGCGAGCACGGGAAUGUACCACCCGUUUGCCUCUUGUUUUUCCAGCUGUGUUGGAGGAGCCUGUGCUCCCCAAAAAACUUGUUUCUCCUCCCCAGAUCCAUUUGUGUUGUACUACUUGGUCUAAUAAAUAUUAGUUCUAUCAGAAA